AAGGAGGAGGAACUCUGCGCUGCCCGAGCUGAUCCCUUCAAUCUUACCCACAGUGUGGAGCAGCCGGCAGCGCACACACACUCACACACUCUCACACACACUCACAUUCACUCUCGCACACACACUCGCGCACAACAAAGCGGGCAGACGAGGGAGGCAGAACCAGAAAAGAACAUCACAGAGAACAACAGCGCCGUGCGCCACGCUCGCGCCUGGACUUUUUCGGAUACUGCAGUGUGCCUGGAGUUUGUGCCGUUUCCUGUGUGGCUCGUAGGCUUCUCCAGUCCCGUCAGCUGUGUGUGCAGAGAUCCAAAUCCGCCGACUGUCUACAUUGCUGCUUUGUGCGUCAGCUAGACGGAACAAAGUGUGCGACUAGGAUAUCUGACAACCUCCUUUGGGAACUGACGCUGCUCCGACUGUCAAAGAGCAAGAGAGAGAGAGAGAGAGAGAAAGUCAGGGCAUGAACAGGAGACCAGAAGCCGGCUUUCCAGAGAAGUGAUCGCCACAGUGACCCCCUCCUUUUCCCUCACCUCCCUUCCUCUCCUCUCUCCCGUGCUGCUCCUUCUCUAUUCGUGCGCACCUCCGCUGGUAUCCCAUCCUCGUCCCUCCGUUCUCCCUCCAUCACCUCUUACUCCCCUUCUUCGGAAGACAGUGUGAGCGGAGAGGCACGGCACCAACGCGCGCCGGCGUCCUUAUCAUCCCAUUCUCUCUCUCCGUUCUCCUUCGGCACCACCUCUCACACGGAUCUAGCCUCCAGCUGCGGAACCAGGAGGAGAGGCUUUUUAGAGUUGUCGGAUCCCACGCGAGUCUCCGUAACCAGCUACAGCCAAAAAGAUUCCAGCUACAUGGGCAAACGUUUGGAACAGCAACCAAUGUACCCCCAGUACACUUACUAUUACCCCCACUACCUUCAGACUAAGCAGUCAUAUGCCCCGCCCCCUCCCCCCAUGGCUCCGCCCAGCCCCAGCACCAACAGCAGCAGCCACUGCGGAGCGGAGCAGCUCAGUAAAACCAACCUGUACAUCCGGGGCCUUCCGCCUGGCACCACCGACCAGGACCUCAUCAAGCUCUGCCAACCGUAUGGAAAAAUAGUGUCGACAAAGGCAAUCCUGGACAAAAACACCAACCAGUGCAAAGGAUAUGGCUUUGUGGAUUUCGACAGUCCGGCGGCUGCGCAGAAAGCUGUAGCGUCCCUGAAGGCCAGCGGCGUACAGGCACAGAUGGCAAAGGAGGUCCGUGUGUCAGUUGCAGCAAAAGAGCAACAGGAGCAGGACCCCACUAACUUGUACAUCUCUAACCUCCCGGUUUCAAUGGAUGAACAAGAGCUGGAGAACAUGCUGAAGCCCUUCGGACAUGUCAUCUCCACACGGAUACUCCGAGAUGCCAACGGGGUCAGCCGAGGGGUCGGCUUCGCCAGGAUGGAGUCCACUGAGAAAUGUGAUGUGGUGAUUCAGCAUUUUAAUGGAAAAUUCCUCAAAACUCCACCAGGAGUACCAGCGCCGACAGAGCCGUUGCUGUGUAAGUUUGCAGACGGGGGACAGAAGAAGAGGCAGAGCCAGAGCAAGUAUCCUCAAAAUGGCCGACCGUGGCACAGGGAAGGAGAGAGUGGCAUGACGCUGACCUACGACCCCUCUGCGAUGCAAAAUGGAUUCUACUCCUCGCCAUACAGCAUCUCCACAAACCGCAUGAUCGCCCAGACGUCAAUCACUCCAUACAUAACAGCCUCUCCGGUCUCCACAUAUCAGGUCCAGAGUACGUCGUGGAUGCCUCACCAACAGUAUGUUAUGCAACCUACGGGUGCUGUGAUCACGCCAAGCAUGGACCACACCAUCUCCAUGCAGCAGGCUAACAUGAUGGGUCCUCUCUCCCAGCAGAUGAACCAUCUGUCCCUGGGUUCCACUGGAACUUACAUGACUGCGGCUGCGGCUCCUAUGCAGGGGACCUACAUUCCCCAGUACACUCCGGUGCCUGCCUCAGCUGUCUCCAUGGAGGGAGUGGUGACGGAGGCUUCUCCACAGAGCGUUCCUUCGUCGCAGGACGCCGGCGGUCAACAGCCAAUGGGCAUGGACAACGCCAGCGAUCACGCGCCCACCUACUCUUUUCAAUCCGCUAAAUAACCGGAGGAGGAGGGGGGCGUUGAGGUGACGGUGUUGCCUUGAGACCGGGGGACUGCGAGGGAACAUUGAAGACGUAACGCAAGAGAUAGGAAAACACGUUUGUGUCUACUUUCGCACAAGCAUCUAAACAAAAAAACAAACAAUUUAUUUAACACCUGGCCCACACCAGAGGACCUUUUGGAGAACUCACAUCUAGAACUUCAACACGAGAAAUGCAGCGUGGGAGAUCGAGCCUACUGUUAAUCGGCUACCCGAAAAAACUUUACCUUCACGAAGUGACGAAUUCAGUACAAGUACAAGUUUUCCUAGAGUUUUUGUUUGUUUUUGAAUGUGCAGGUAGGUUUCAGAAACAGUGGGCUUUUCUAUUAGAUGAGGAAGCACGUUCUUGUAAAACAGUGAGGGAUGGAGCUAAAGAAGUCUUCCUCAGAUUCUAAGCUAUUAUUACUUUUCUUUUUUUAUGAGUUAGAUUUUAGUUUUCUAGAGAAUAUCAAUGUUUUUCAUCUUUGUUGCCUUAAUUUCGAGAAACAUCUAAGACUUUUUCCUGUCUGAACCGAACAGACUGACCAAUGCAGUGAAAAUAAGCAGAAACCGAAAGGAAGGUUUACGUGUAUAGAGCAUAGAGAGACAGAGAGAGAGAGAGAGAGAGAGAGAGAGAGACAGUGAGAGAGACAGAGAGAGACAGAGAGACAGAGAAAGAGAGAGAGAGGGGAAGAGAGAGAGAGAGGGGUCUGACAGAGACGUUUUAAAUAACCAGUGGUGACUUUGUGUUUAAAAGAGAAGACAGACAAAUUAUUGUGAUGAUGACGAUGAUGAUGAUUAAAGAGAGUUGCAUUUUUUUAGAAACAGGAAAAAAUGUUAAUCCACUGCAUCAUGGGAAAUGCAGUUUAUUGUGUAGUGCAGAUCAUUUUUAAUGGCAUUAUUGUUUUUAUCUGCAAUAUUUUUUAUGAGCUUUAAGGUGUUUUUAGCCUGCUUUGCUUGUUUCAUUGCGGAAAAAAGAAACUAAAACGAUAAAAAAAUUGUACUGGCAGUGCAAAUCUACAUAGAUAAGAGCUUAUGGGUUAAAUCAAAACAUAAAAAAGCAAAUGUGUGCAAAAAGCAAUAGAAAUAGGAAAUUGUUGACAAUUUCUUUAGUCUUUCUUAGCUGUGGAUCAAAUGCAGCCCGUGGAUGGCAUAUUUUAUACCAAAGAUGAAGAAACCCCCAUCAAGACAGCGGAGUGGAUACAAUUUUCAUUUUCUUGUUUUCUAUUUGAGAUUGUUUUGGUGUUUUAAUAAUUAUGUUCUAGAUGUAUCUGUUUGACCUUGACGCCAGAUCGGUACCCUUAAAGGUUUAAACUUCCUUCCACUGUUGCAGAAUCUAUGUCAACUGUUCAGUUUGACAGGCAUAAGCACCGUCACGGAUUUUGCAGGAGUGUGAUCUUUCCACCAGAGGGCGUCAGAGAGCGACUGACCCAUCGUUCAUUGUUUUCUAGCCUCUGGCCACGAGCUAUACCUCUCCAUCACCGCACCUCACUGACCUCGGUCAGUCGCUACAAAACACAUCACACAUCCAUUGAGCGUUCUUAUGCGGAAGGCUGCCGUCAUCGUUUUAACUCAACGGGAAGGAAUAAAAACACUAGUGUGUAUUUAAACUCUGCGUACAGGUCACUACCUCAUCAAAAGCAACUUAACCAUGAGGAAUCGCAGGAAUAGAAGCAAAAUUUGGUGGGCUCUGGCUUGGAGGCACUGAGAUUUGCAAUUCGAAAAAAUAGAAUCCGUUUGACAAAAGUGGCAGAACAAGGACCAUCCCUUGUUUGCAGUCGUGGCGAUCGAACUCCUCAUGUUAAAUGCUGGGUUCCUUUAAUGAUGCCAUUGGAAAUCUCUCAUGAGAUCACGAAGUUGCCCGUUUUAAACGUGAGAUUGGGUGCUCAGGUGCCUUGUUUCUAUUAAAGUAAAAAAUCUUCGGCCUGCAUCUCCGAAAUCUGCUAUACUUUUUAAGCUGCCCAUUCCAGACGGGAGAACAAGCAAAUGCAGGAGUAAAUAGAGGUAAAAAUCAUGUUGUUGUUUUUAAAGGCUGCUGUCUUUUAUUUACGAUUUCAUAGGAUAAGACCACGGCAAAGAGUUUCAAUACACAUGGUGAAUUCUAGACUGCCUCAUAAAUAGUUUAACAGUCAGGUUCAUGAAGACUUCUCGAGGUGCUCUGGGAAUAAAUACAGCUGUCAAUAGGAAGAAGGCGGUUGUACUUGGACAUAAUAUUUUAACAUUUUUUGUAUGAACUGUUUACUGAGGGACCCACGGAAAAAAAAACCUAAAGAUGAGAUUGAUUUGUGUAUUUGCUUGUCAUAGUGGUUUGUGCGCUCUUUAUAACAUCUUUCACUGUGUUCACCAAGAGUCAAGUCUCUUUGGUCUUCUCAGAAUCUCCACAACAGGACCUCCACAACAACGUAAUGUUAUCAAUGAGCCACUAGGGGGCGGUAUUAACGCAAAAUUGGUGACUGUCCACUGUCUUGGCGAAGACACUUUGGAUUGAAUGGAUGUUAGGAGGAAAACAUUGUGAUAACCGUAUGGACCAAGGCAGCGCUGCUUCAAUAAGGAAAACAAGCUUUUCAUUUUCACGACAUGAAACGAAAACGUUUUACAAAAAAAGAAGAAAAAAGUCACUGUGUUUUGUGUCUGUUCUCCACCGUGUGUCUGGAGAGUUGAUUUUAUCAUGUGCUCGCUGCUAUCAAGCGUUCAGUAUUUACAGAGAGACGUGACCUGAUGUUCUCUCAAGAGAGAUGUACGUGUGGUUUCAUUUAGGUCGGAGUAUGUUACGCCUCUCGUAGUGGAGUGAGUUAAUACUUGAGAUUAAGCUGGAAGUUUCCUUUAGCUUCAGGACAGAGUUCACAUCCCAGCUAUAAUUCAGUAAGCUAAAAAGUUUUUUGCGAACUACAAAGUUGCUCCCAUUGUGACAUUGUGUUUUUCAUUGGAUGCGAGGUCCUGGCCAUGCAUUGUUCAUCUGUAUUUGAUUGGCUGUCGCGGUUGAGGUCUUUAAACCAAGGACGUUCAUUGGACCGUCGAGACUUUCAACUCAACGCGAAGGGUCGUGGAACGCAACCAAAUUUACCACAAACGGCAAAACCUCAAUUAGAGACGUACUGGCAGAUGAAAUAGAGAAAUAUUUAUGGAAGCGUUUUCUGUACAGGUGUUGUUGAAAUAUGAAAGAGGAACUGUUUUACGAUGAUUUUCUGACUUGCUUCACUUUCUUGCCUCCCAUGUGCUCGAGCUGUGAUCCCGAGAGCGUCUGUAGACCAGUGGAUGUUAGGUUUAAACUUCUGUUUAUUCAUUUUUCUUUUGAUGAAGCUUUCAAUAAAAAAAUCUACAAAAUCA